AUGUCGGCUCAUCGGCCAAACGCCUUCAAUAGCCUGCGGAUGGGAGAGGUGAUCCGUGAAAAGGUUCAAGAUGGAGUAACUGGCGAGACCCGAGAUCUGCAGUAUACCCAGUGCAAAAUUGUCGGAAAUGGUUCCUUCGGUGUCGUUUUCCAGACCAAGCUGUCUCCAUCGGGAGAGGACGCUGCCAUCAAGCGUGUUCUUCAGGAUAAGAGGUUCAAGAACCGUGAGCUCCAGAUCAUGCGCAUUGUCCGUCACCCCAACAUCGUCCAGCUCAAGGCCUUCUACUACUCCAACGGUGAACGUAAAGACGAGGUCUACCUCAACCUGGUUCAAGAGUUCGUGCCCGAGACUGUCUACCGAGCCUCUCGAUUUUUCAACAAGAUGAAGACCACCAUGCCUAUCCUGGAGGUGAAGCUGUACAUUUACCAGCUGUUCAGAGCUCUGGCGUACAUCCACUCCCAGGGUAUCUGCCACCGAGACAUCAAGCCCCAGAACCUUCUCCUAGACCCCAACAGCGGAAUCCUCAAGCUCUGCGAUUUUGGAAGUGCAAAGAUCCUAGUUGAGAACGAGCCAAAUGUUUCAUACAUCUGCUCCCGAUAUUACCGCGCGCCCGAACUCAUCUUCGGUGCAACUAACUAUACCACAAAGAUUGAUGUGUGGUCGACAGGCUGCGUCAUGGCCGAGCUUAUGCUUGGUCAGCCUCUUUUCCCCGGCGAGUCGGGCAUCGACCAGCUUGUUGAAAUCAUCAAGGUUCUGGGCACACCUACUCGAGAACAGAUCCGGACCAUGAACCCCAACUACAUGGAGCACAAGUUCCCCCAAAUCAAGCCUCACCCGUUCAACAAGGUCUUCCGGAAGGCGGACGCUAAUGCUAUCGACCUCAUCGCCCGCCUGCUGGAGUACACACCAACUGAGCGACAAUCGGCAAUCGACGCCAUGGUUCAUCCCUUCUUCGACGAGCUUCGAGACCCCAACACCAAGCUGCCCGACUCACGACACGGCACUGGUCAGCUCCGCGAGCUACCCGCCCUCUUCGACUUCACCCGCCACGAACUCUCCAUCGCCCCUAGCCUGAACCACAAGCUGGUCCCCUCACACAUCCAACCCGUGUUGGCAUCUCAAGGUCUCGACAUCGACAACUUCACGCCGUUGACGAAGCAGGAGAUGAUGGCCAAGCUCGACUGA